GUAUAGGUGCGUGUAUAUUUAGAAAACGACGUAAUGCGACUACUAUGAAUUCUAAUGUGUGUAAAAAUGAAAGCUAAACGUGUUUCUACGUGUCGAUUCUUGUGUAAAGAAUUUACUACAGUGCGUACAUAAGAUACCUAGGACGGGUACGCGAAUGAGAAUUAACAACCGCUGAGAACAGACUGAGUAUAGCGUAAAACAGAAGGAGUGAAGCAGUCUAAAGAAGUGUGUAACGUAGAGCAUGAAUGUAUAGUUACAACCGGGUGUAAACUUGUAGACUAGACUGUUGGUUUGGAGUACGAAAGACCUUGAGUAUUUUUUUGGACGCGGUUUUAGGCGUUCUUUAAUUUUUCUUUAGUUUAAAUUUAUUUUUUUAAAUUUCCAAUGGAUUUAAAUUGACAAUUAUGAGCCUCUUGAAUUCAAUCCAACCACCGCCAGCUGGUCCGUUGAAUCAAGCUGGCUCUUCGUCGUGGAAAAGAAAAGGAUCAGAUGAUGAAAAUGAAGAUCAUGAUUCGAAUGUCAAAAAACCAAGAUAUUCUUGGUACGUUACAUUGGAGAGCGAAUCACCACUAGGAACUGAUGAAAGUGAUACUGAAUCUAUGUACAGUGUACAAGAUCAAGAGACUGAAUAUGCAAGAGAUACUUCAGAUACUUCUACUACAUGGAUCAGUACCUCCAAUGAUAACGCAAACAUAGCAGUUGAAGUCGAAUUUGAAUUAGCAGCAUCUGAAACUGAAUCUGAUAACCCAUACUACGAUCGAAUAUCAUCAUCUGAUCCCGAGGAUGUAUCUGCAGUUGAAGUCAUGUUAUCUCGGAAUAGCUUAAGUAGCUCAAUCUCUGACUAUUCCGAAGAAACUGAUGAGUCAAUCGCGUCUGUUGACAGUGACUUUGGCCGUCUUUAUUUCUAUCGAUGCAUACAGUGCCGUGAGGAAAAAGCAAAUCCUCAAUUCACGCACUGCGAAAAAUGUUUCCAACUCAAAAAAAAUUUCUUUCCACCACGACCGAAACGGAAACGACGUAAGAAAAAAUUAGACGGUUUGAAAAGCACUGAGGAGAGCGGUGAAUCAUCGUCAGUGGCAACGUCUUCCCAUGUACAGUCAAUUACCCAUUUUGACUCGGGUUUGGGAAUGAGUCAAAGCGAUUCCGCAAACGGAAGUCAAUGCGAGUCAAUAAUCGCUAGUAAUGAUUCGGCUAUCGGUAGCCAAAGUCAAUAUGACUCGGCGGUCGGUAGUCAAAGUCAAAGUGAUUCGGCCUCAUUUAUUGACAGCCAGCAAUCAGUUUCUGAAGUAGAUAACGAUAAUCAAAUCUCAUCAGACUUAUUGUUUAACGUUGAUACAGUCGAUUACAACAAAUCUUCGACUUCCGUAUGGCUAAAUCCUUACUCACCAAAUAAUUGCUACAAAAGUAGUAGCAGUGAGAUCAGUAUAAUUGAUGACGGUAAAAAAAACAAUAAGUCUGAUGAUACCGAUAGCAAAUUAUGUCAUGUUUGCACAGUUAAACCAAAAGACGGAGCUUUUGUACAUGGAAAAAUAUUGCAUAUUUACAGCUGUUAUACAUGUGCGAUUAAAACUUGGAAGCGCACUAGGCGUUGUCCAAUUUGUCAGCGUCAAGUUAAAAAUGUAUCAAAGCUCAUUUUUUCUUGAUUGAAUCCAUUGCGAGAUGAAUAAAAAAAAAUAAAUUUAAACAAA